AUGCUUGGCGCUGCUCGAAGCUCCACUGUCAUUGACGAGGACUUUAUGAUUUAUCAUUGUGUCUCUAGAAAAUUUCUACGCUUGUUUAAGGCUGGUGAUUCAUGCGAACGAGAAAUCGACGCCACCGAUCCGCUACGUCCGUCGGCAAACGAACUCAGCGGUGCCAAACUGCUUCUGCGGAAAGCCAUAAAAGAGCAAUCACCUGAUACUCAACCUACAGUGCCUGGACAAGUGGUACGGAAUCACAAGCUGGUGAAAACGACAGUUGACUCGAAGCGAGGAAGAAGCAGUGAACCACGUUUGGGUACUGCUGCAUCGCAGCACACAUUUGUAAUCGAGACGGAACGCCGUAGACCGCUGUUGCUGCCUGUCGGGCUCACGGAGGGUGCACUGGAGUACAGAAAAGCUCAGGAGGCGCUGCGAAAAGCCAGAGAACAAGAGGAGAAGCGUUUGCAGCGUGAACAGGCUGAACGAGAAGCUGCUGAAGCAAGGGAACGAGAGAGAAUAUCAAUUGUGAUGAGUGCACUGGAGUACAGAAAAGCUCAGGAGGCGCUGCGAAAAGCCAGAGAACAAGAGGAGAAGCGUUUGCAGCGUGAACAGGCUGAACGAGAAGCUGCUGAAGCAAGGGAACGAGAGAGACAACGCCUCUAUCGACCGAAUGUCUCCGCACGGAAGCCGCCAAUGUCGAAGAAGGAAACAACUGGUUCUCGGGAAAGUUUGAUCAGUCAUGAUACCAGCAAAGCUAAGAGAUCGCCGAUUCGAAAAAGUACGUUUUACCCUACCCAGCUUGCUCCUUUACUU